UUAAGCAGUUGACCCAGAAGCACACAUUAGUCAUACAAUGGGACAAACAAAAACUAAAACCGGUUCGACACGAUAUGCCAAACCGUGUAGAAACCGCCAGCAGAAACUGUAUAAAAACUGCCGAAACGAAAUCAACAUCAACAACAUAAAAUCAAAUCCAGGGGGUUUUAAAUAUCAAAAUCUUAUUUUAUAUGGGAAAAAUAUAUAUUUGAGUCUCAGAAAAGACAAAUUGAUAAAUGGAGUGAAAAAAAGGAAGAAAAUGUGUUAUUUCGCUACCAUUCCUUCUUUCAUUUUAUAAUCAUAUAUUUCCAUAUUUUUGUACCUCUGAUCAUAGUUUGGACCUGUCUAUUCGCAUCGUAUUAACUAAUGCAUCCAUCAAACCUAAAGUCUAACAAGGUAUUUAAUUUAAAAGACGGAAGAUCUUUAACAACUUUUAUAGAUAAAGAAAGAGUGGAUAAAAUUCAUGUUUUCUAGUCAGCCGCUAACUAAGACCCAAACAGACCAUGUACAUUGAUAUUCAAGAUAAUAUCUGCAACAUCUCCAUUACAGAUGCUGAGAAACAAGAAAUUGAUUCAAAUGAUUCUUAUAAUACGGCAGCCAUUUUUGGGAAGGAAAAACGCAACGUUACCGGAGUGUUUCAUUGGGAACGAGAAGAUGUGUUGAUGCUUAUUCGACUUCAUUCUGAAAAAGAACCAAUUUUCAAUAAACCAGGAAUCAAGAAGAAAGAUGUCUGGGCAAUGAUUGCAGAUGAAUUCCAGGCGAAAGGUUUCAAUGUGACCACUGGUCAGUGUGAACAGAAAUGGAAGAACAUUACCAAAAACUACAGAGACACUGUUGACCAUAAUUAUUUCAGUAACAUACACAAAACAUGUCCCUACUUUAAAGAAUUGGCAGCAAUCUACCCUUAUGACCCAAAAGAUAAACAAAAUAAUUUUAUUUCUUAUCUCAAUCAUAUGUCCAACUCUAUUUCUCAACCUCAAACUGUGUCCAGAGAUUUACAGAACGGUCUUUCUGCCAUUCCAUCAACUAAUACUGUAACCACAUCAGUCAACGAUUCAAAUAAUGGAUAUUUUUGUGACUUACCAACAAAUAUUUGUGUUUCGGACAAUCAAAAUACUUCUUCAGAACAUUUAGUGCAAACCUCAAUUAAACAGGAAGUUUUAGAUUCAGUUGAAUUGCAGUCCCCCACAUGUUCCUUGAUGUCCCCUUCUCCAUUAACAGCAUCAAAUCAACAACCCAACAUUUCCACUUCUCAAUCUCAUUCCAAUCAACAGAUUUCAAACUUUACCCCAUCUUCGUCUUUACCAUUAGUGUCUUCAUUUGUAAAUGAAGAACCGGUGCCUAGUCUCUCAUCAAUGAUUCUGCAAUAUUCACCUCAACCAUUAAAUAACGAAUAUAUUCGCCUUCCGUCUCAAGAACCACAGACUUGUAACAUGAGACAUCAACAAGAAGUAAGAGAGAACUCUAACAAGUCUUUGCAUGUUCUCAAAACCCCAGCUCAGUCCCAAUUGUCCAGUGUACCAAAUGUAUCCACAAACUCUUCCCAGGUUCGUAAACGGUUCCACGAUAACAACUUGACUCUAUCAAAUUCUUCAGCAGCCAAUAAUAAUCAGGAUUAUUAUUCUCAAAGACGAAAGUGUCUACGUCGUUCUAGCUUUACACCAAACAAUACACUGGAUAUGUUAAAACAAAUGAAUGAAGAACGGCGGCGAGAACACAAAGAAUUGAUAUCAACAUUAAAACAACAUCACAGAGAAUAUCUGAAGCAGGAGGAACUGAAUCAGUCCCUCCUCUCAGCCCUUAUUGGACACGUUUCCAAACAAUAAGCGAUAUGACUGGCUGGUAUAAAUUUCAGUCACUUUAUAAAAACCAUCUGGUCAUCGACUCAAGAGUUUCUACAUUAUAUCUGUAAACAAAAAACUGUUAUAUAAAUUAUAUUAAUUGAAAUUAUAUUGAUUAAAAUUUCUCAAAUUUUAA